GCGGGAGGAAGGGAGGCUGGCCGUGGAUGUGUGCUCAGCAAUAGGAAAUGCUUUAUUAGCUGGGAGUGGUGGAGAGAAGCCAGGCAGGAAGAGGCAGUAAUAAGAAACAUUUUUUUGACUUCUCCCACAUCCAGACCACAGAGCGCUUGCCAAGCGGCUGCGCUCGGACAACAGGGCUGCUGAGCCGAGUCCCCAGGGCCGGGACGGAGACAGAGACGUUCCACCACCGGGACGGGCAACACUGCAGCCGUAGGAACCCCCACAGUGCCGGGACGGGCGGUGGGAGGGGAGCAGACCCAUGAAGCUCCUCCAAGCCGGGGAACACGGCACGGAGCAGAGCUGCCCCGGCUGAGCCACGCACACCGCCUCCGAGCUCGGGACUGCAGCCGGGAAAGCCUCGCCGGGACCGGGCAGUUCCGUGAGCGCCUGUGGGACACGGAUGCUGUAGGCUGAAGCUUUGGGAGCCUGUGGCAAAGCUCUCACCGACUCCGACGUGGUGUCCAUCCAGCCCUUCGCACCUGCAGCUGGUACCAUCGCACACGCCUGGCUCACCCUGCUUCCCCCCAGCUGGCACCGGCACCGGCACCGGCACCGGCCGGCACGAGGGUCUCUGCUGUGUCUGGCUCCCUGCGAAAAGGCGACAGAGGGGAACUGAGUCACGAGCCGCAUCCUGUGGCGAAACCCCCCCAGGAGCAGCAGAAACCACAGGGGAGGGCGGAAGAGCCAGGAUUGCAAAGCUCUGCCGAGCCAUCCCGGAUGGAAGGAUGUAAGACAGCUACGUGACUUGCCAUCACCUCCCAGCCAGGCUGGGGAAGAUGCUCCGGACGCCGGGAAGGAAAAUGCCGUGUGGAGCCUGUGGCCGGGCGGUGCUGGCACUGAUGACCUUCUCCAUCGGCUUCGCAGCUGAUGAGCUGCUGUGCGUCUGCGACGUGCCACACUGCAGCCUGCCCACCUGCACGGGCCAGGUGUGCUUCGUCAGCAAGAGGAAGGAGGAAGGGACCAUCACCCAGCACAAGGGCUGCUUCUCCCAGAACAUCCUGGAGAACUGCCACACACCCGUGACGGAGCAGUACGGCAUGAGGUGUUGCGACUCCAGCAUGUGCAAUGCCGAGCUGGAGAUCUUCCUGCAAGGAGAAGAGGCCCUGGGAAAGGCACCUUCCCUGCCCAACCUCCUCCUGAUGAUCUUCGUCCCGCUGCUCGCCCUCCUCAUCCUCGUGGCGCUCACGGUGCUCUUCUGCUGGAAGGUGGCCCAGCAUCGCCACCAGAAAAGCGACUUGGGCGACACAGACCUCAUGCUGAAGGCGUCCAUGGUGGGAGACAGCACUUUAGAGGACUUGCUGAACGAUGACUGCACCACAGGCAGCGGCUCAGGGCUGCCUUUCCUCGUCCAGCGAACAGUGGCUCGGCAGAUCACCCUCGUGGAGUGUGUGGGCAAAGGACGCUAUGGCGAGGUGUGGCGAGGUGUGUGGCACGGGGAGAGUGUGGCCGUGAAGAUCUUCUCCUCCCGGGACGAGCAGUCAUGGUUCCGCGAGACCGAGAUCUACAACACUGUCCUCCUCCGGCAUGACAACAUCCUAGGUGAGUGGGGGGCCAAGGAGGCUGGGGGGGCAGCUGUACAGUGGCUCCACGGUCACGGCUCUUCUCCCCGUCCAGGCUUCAUUGCCUCCGACAUGACGUCGAGGAACUCCAGCACGCAGCUCUGGCUCAUCACGCACUACCACGAGAAUGGCUCGCUCUAUGACUACCUGCAGAGGACAGCCCUGGACGUGGAGACUUGCCUGGGGUUGGCCUCCUCCAUCAUCUGCGGCCUCGUCCACCUCCACGUGGAGAUCUUCGGCACCCAGGGCAAGCCUGCCAUUGCCCACCGUGACCUAAAGAGCAGGAACAUCUUGGUGAAAAGCAACCGGCAGUGCUGCAUUGCAGACCUGGGGCUGGCCGUCAUGCACUCCCAGGGCAGUGACUACCUGGACAUCGGCAACAACCCCCGGGUGGGCACCAAGCGCUACAUGGCCCCAGAAGUGCUCAGCGAACAGAUCCGCACCGACUGCUUCGAGUCCUACAAGAAGACGGACAUCUGGGCGUAUGGGCUGGUGCUCUGGGAGAUCACCCGGCGGACGGUGGUGAAUGGCAUCGUGGAGGAGUACCGGCCCCCCUUCUUCGACGCCGUCCCCAGCGACCCCAGCUUCGAGGACAUGAAGAAGGUGGUGUGCAUCGACCAGCAGACCCCCGUGAUCCCCAACCGCCUCUUCUCCGACUCGGUUUUGUCGGCGCUGGCAAAGAUCAUGAAGGAGUGCUGGUACCAGAGCCCCUCGGCCCGCCUCACCGCCCUGCGGAUUAAAAAGACGCUGAAAAAGUUGAACAAUUCCCUGGAAAAGCCCAAGCCAGAGCAGUGAACGCCGGGCACACACCGGAGCCGCUCGCAGGCUGCACCGGGGACGGCGGCAAAGCCAACACCAGGAUGGCUCCUGGUUACACAGGGGGUUUUGCUUGCAGCUCCCACCUUUCCUAUCCCCUCCUUGGAGCCUUUUUAAUUUGCAAGGAGGGAAAAAGUAGGGGGAAAAAAAAAAGCAAGGGAGGAAUUUUCCAGCCCAGUUAUAAAAAUACCCCCUGGAUCCGUCAUCUGACGCCAGCCCGUCUCAUCUGCCCGGCGGGGAUGGCAGCGGGCGCCUGGGGCUGGCGGCCCAUUCCAAGCCCCCCGGCCAGACACCACGGCCGAGGGACAAUCAAGCGUCGGAUCCAGCACCGUCCCCUGCCGCAGCCCCCGAGCCUGGCUGGGCACCCCCCCCAUGGCUGGCACCCAGCACAACACGCAGGCAGCAGGUGCUGCCCAAACCUGCCUGCCCGGCACGUUGGCAGUGGGGAUGCCGCGGGCUCGGCGGCGGCAGCAGGAAUUCCCCGGCAGGGCUGCAGUGCCCGGCGUGUCUCUUGCCGAAGGAGGUCUGGAUUUCGCUGGGAAAGGAUGGACCAGGGGCAGCAUCCCGCCGACAGGGCUGGAUCUGUACCCCGGCGCAUCUCGGGGCUCCCCAGAACGAGGAACCGCCAGCACCGAGCGGGGCCUGAGCAUCACCCAUGCCGCAAGGUCCCGCUGAGACAGGGGCCCCCACAGCCACAGUGGCUUGAUCCUUCCCUGCCGAGCAGCCGGCAUUCCUCCUUUCCAAGCCCUUUUGAUCUUUGCCAACAUUUUGGUGUUUUCCAGGGCAUUUUGGUGCACCCUGCGGCCGGCUCCAGCCCACACCACUCGUCGCCAUCCCCAAAACCACCCCAUGUUCAGGGCUGUUCGGACAGGACCAGGAUGUUCAGCAGAACCAGCUUUGCUCCAUAAUUAUUUAAUUAUUAAGAUUUAAUAUAUUUAAUAAAGUGUAAAGCUAUUUUAUCGCUUAA